CCGGGUGGUGUGGACUGUGGAGGUAGGGUAAGCGACCCACGAGAGGGAACCCGUCUAUGGAGCUCAGGGGGAGGGAUAGCAAGAGGGGGAUUGCGCCAAGAUCCAGCUGGUUGAGGAGGGGAGGAGGUGGAGUGCUGUCUUCGGAGCCGUCGCUUCGGCCGCUUGCUCCGUGAAGCAGUCCUGUCGAAUAAAGCGGAUGUCGAGCACGUCCGGGCCACUCUCCCGCAUUCUUCCUCCAGGUCCUGCCGCAACUGCCUCUUCACCCUGGCCAGUUCGCGUGGAACCAGCCUAGUCACAGUUCAAUACCCACAAGCACAACAGAGUAGCACCGCUGCCACUUGGUCGCCUCUGUUUGCCUUCGAGCCCCAAGACCCAUCGUCCAAAAGCCGUUACAGCCAUCUGCAAUGGGCUCCAUUCCCGAGCCUCAGAGCUCCGUCGAAGGUUCAACGCACCCCUUCAAAGUGCUCAUUGUCGGUGGCUCCUACGCUGGUCUCUCGGCCGCCCUCAAUCUUCAAGAUCUCUGUAGCGGGCUGCCCCCGCGGUGCGCACCGCAGCCUAAGGAGGAAGAUAGCGGGGCCGAGCGGAACGAGAGGCCGCAGUUCUCAGUCGACAUCACGAUAGUCGACGAGAGAGAUGGUUUCUGCGCUGUGGGCAUCGAGAUGGCUGCAGAGCUCAAGCUGGUGCAGCCACAGCUGCGUGUCACGCUUGUGCACUCGCGCGACAAGCUGCUCUCGUCCGAGCCGCUGCCCGACGAGGUCAAGGACCGUAGCCUGGAGCUGCUUCGCGACGCUGGCGUCGACGUGCUCAUGGGCCACCGCCUCGACCGCACCGAAGAGGUCACGGACGAGGCCGGCAACAGGUGUCUGCGCGUGCACUUCACCAACGGACACAGCAUGCUGGCCGACCAGGUCUCGCUGGCUGUGUCCAGGAGCGUACCCUCGACGACCUUCCUGCCGCGCCACGUGCUCGACGAUGAGGGCUACGUCAAGAUCGAGGCCAACCUGGCCUUCGCCCCCUCCCACUUCGCCGUCGGCGACCUCGUCAAGUGGUCCGGCAUCAAGCGCUGCGGCGCCGCCAUGCACAUGGGCUACUUUGCGGCCCACAACCUGCACCAGUUGAUGAUGCAGGCGACGGCAAAAACGGAGGCGGAAAAGGCACCGCCCAAGUUCCUCGAGCUCGACGAGAUCCCGCCUAUGAUCGGACUCGCCGUCGGCAAGAAGGGCGUGUCGUACUGGCCCCAGGGCGGCCUCAGCUCGGGCGAAGAGGUUAUGAAGCUGUUCUUUGGGGACGAUCUUGGAUUUUCGAUUUGUUGGAAUCACCUGGGCCUUGGGGGCAAGAAGGCGGUUUAAGUGGACUUAUGCUUUUGCAACGUGUUUAUGUCAGGGACUGGUUUGUGGGAUGUGCUUCGGUAAAGAUGACUGAAAAAAUCGAAUGAACUUUCACUGUGAUAUUACCCGGUACUUGCUUCUUUGGCGAGAUGACUCGCGGAGAGUCGCUUUUCUACCUACUAGCAACCAGCAAUAGAACCUUGAUAUUUUCUUUUCUUUUUUACAAAACCGUUCCCUCCCUCUCGAACCCCUAGAUACUCUCUACAGAUCUACUGAAUCUCGUACAACUUCGGCACCAAUCCCACGCCGGUCCCACCCACGGCCU